AUGUCAAUGUUCAGGUCAGCCGCCGACAUAUCUUCGUCUGAUCCAGAUUCGGAAUCCGACUCAAGUGACUAUCAUGGGGCCCCAUCGCCAAUUCCAAGGAGUGCUCCUAGCUCUGAGUCUCGCCGUGCUAGCAAGGACCGAUCCGCCGACAAAUUGGCAUCUAGCAGCAGUGUGGAUGCUUCAAUCUCGCUAGACGAUUUGUCUAUAUCACAGGAUGCGCUGGAUAUCAAUGUUGAGCAUCAUGGGAACAUGGUGACCGCUGCCCUGUUAGAGUUUUACUGCCAGACCCGAGCCGCGGAGAUUCUCAAUGCCCAAGCAGGGUCUAACAGAAGAUUUACCCGGCAGUGUCCCGAGGCCCAGUACCUGGGCAAAAAAUUGUACAAGUAUAAGUCCCAAUUUCUGUCAUCUCAUGGUGUCCUGGCAGAGGGCAUCGACAGUGAAGAGCUUGACGCUACAAGACAGAGCUACCGCGAUAACCUCGACUUCCUCGGCCGCUCUGCACUUGAAGAAUUCAAUUUGCAUGAAUCUCAACCGCGAUCUCCAAUUGAGGGCGGUGAAGAGAUGGCAUUGGUAACAAGGCACCAGAACGGAAUCAAUCUCACAGAGAAUGGUGCCCAGUUCUGGGGUUCCGGAAGGACUCAUCUUCCUUCGAUUGGCAAAGUUGAUGUGCUGGAUGGAAUUCCCACUGCUGCAAGGGCACCGCCGCAAGCUUCCAGGCCCCUCUUCGGCAGUUCACCGGUGAGCAUGCCAUUAUUCAAUCAGCCUUCCGCCCCAUCUUUGAACCUUAUGUCGCGCUAUGCGGUCGAAUUCAGUGAGCGCAAAGUUCUCGGGCGAGGAUCGUUUGGCGAGGUAUACCACGUCACGAAUCACAUCGAUGGGCAAGACUAUGCCGUCAAGAAAAUUCCUGUCAGCCAACGACGCCUUGAUCAAUUACAAUAUGGCGGACAAAAUCAGCUAGAGACUAUCAUGAAAGAGAUUCGGACCCUUGCCCGCCUCGAGCAUACCAAUAUUGUGCGGUAUUACGGCGCAUGGGUGGAGCAGGCACAUGUUGAUCUCUCGAAGUACCCAGUGGAAGGUAUUCAUAAGGGACUCAAGAGUGAUACUCGAGUACCCUUCGAGCAGCAGACGCAGAGCUACAAUUACUCGCACAGUGAACAACAUAGCCAAGGCUCGAAUGAACCUAGUUUGGGUGUUGUGUUUGAACGCUCUGAGAGCUCAGCUAUGGAAUCGCCCAUGAGUUCCGUGCCCGGCUCAGUCCCUGAUGAGUUCGGUUUCCACAACAGGAUACACCGUUUGGACAGUCACGCCACUUCGUCUUCUCGCCGCUCGAAGAAAAGCUAUGCGCAGGAUCUUGAGGACGAUGAUGACAUCGAGUCCAUUCCGCGGAACUUUCGCGACCCCUCAUGUGGCCAAACAUCCACAUUCGGGGAAACGGACGACAUUUUCACCGACGGAUUCAGCCAGGAUCAGUCGAAGCUACAGGUACAAUGCCGCUACAAACCGAAUAAUCAACCACCCCCAGCUGUCAUUCUUCACAUCCAAAUGUCGCUUCAUCCGAUCUCUCUCAACUCUUACCUCAACCCUCAAGCUGCAGCCAGUCCCGUCGGUGAUGCUCCUCCUCGACGACAUUGCUUCCACAUGAUGGCUUCAUUGAGACUCAUGCUUGAUAUCGUUUCUGGCGUUGAGUAUCUCCAUACCAAAGGGAUCGCUCACCGGGAUCUGAAGCCGGCGAACAUCUUCCUAUCCCUGCCUGAGAGCAACGAUCGGAAUAUUUGCGAUAUCUGUGCUCGUCAGAAUUCUCCAACGCAAUUUUGUCGACCACGGAUCGGAGACUUUGGCCUUGUUGCUGAUAUCUCUCACCUGAAUGGGGUCAAUAGUGCUGUCACACCGUAUCACAAUGGUCCUAAGAUCCAACGCGUCGUGGGAACCGAAUUUUAUCGCCCACCAGCCGUUGGUGAUCCAUCCAGUCCGGCUUCAGACUACUUCGAAGAUUACAAGGUCGAUGAAAAACUUGACGUCUAUUCCCUGGGGGUGAUCUUGUUCGAGCUUGUGUAUCGAUUGAACACAAAGAUGGAGCGUCAAUUGGUUCUGAACGAACUGACUCGCGGUUCUAUAUCUUUCCCUAACGAUUUCGCAGCCAAGAUAGACUAUGGUGAGACGCAGUUGGAGGGGGGUGAUACAGUAGCCGACACGUUGAUGACCUGCAUCCGAGGAAUGUUGACGCCUCAGUCGCGAAGACGGUGGAGCUGUCAGGAUGUCAAAGAGCACCUGCGCAAGACUCAAAAGGCCGUCAAGCGAUUGCAGCCGCGGAACUGA